AUGGCUGCAAAUGCUACUACUCCUCCUCCACAUCCCAUGAAAGCUACCUCAAAUGGGGUGUUUCAGGGUGAUAAUCCUCUUGAUUUUGCACUACCUCUCGCCAUUGUCCAAAUAGUUAUCGUCAUCGUGCUCACUCGAUUCUUAGCUUUUCUUUUCAAGCCAUUACGACAGCCUCGUGUCAUUGCAGAGAUUGUGGGAGGAAUAAUACUGGGGCCUUCAGCACUUGGUCGGAAUACAAAGUAUUUGAACACCAUUUUCCCAGCCAAAAGUCUAACAGUGUUAGAUACCUUGGCCAAUCUUGGUCUUCUCUUCUUUCUGUUCCUUGUUGGGCUCGAGUUAGAUCUCAAGGCCAUAAACCGGACUGGAAAGAAAGCUCUUUGUAUAGCUGCAGCUGGUAUUAGUCUCCCUUUUGUACUGGGAAUUGGGACAUCUUUUGUUCUCCGGGCAACCAUUUCUAAAGGCGUGGAAAAGCUUCCGUUCAUUGUGUUCAUGGGAGUUGCUCUUUCAAUAACAGCCUUCCCUGUUUUGGCUCGUAUAUUAGCUGAGCUCAAGCUUUUAACCACUGAUGUUGGCCGAAUGGCAAUGUCAGCCGCGGCUGUAAACGACGUGGCUGCUUGGAUUCUUCUAGCUCUUGCUAUUGCACUCUCUGGUGAUACCAGUUCUCCACUCGUUUCUUUGUGGGUUCUCUUGUGCGGCACUACUUUUGUGGCGUUUUGCUAUUUUGUUAUACCUCUAAUCUUUCGGUGGAUGGCUCACCGGUGCACUGAGGGAGAGCCUAUUAAUGAGCUGUAUGUUUGUGCUACAUUGGCUUUAGUUUUGGUAGCUGGUUUAGCCACUGAUGCUAUUGGAAUCCAUGCUCUUUUUGGUGCUUUUGUGGUUGGUAUUCUUGUCCCAAAGGACGGGCCAUUUGCUGUGCAUAUGGUGGAAAAGGUUGAGGAUCUUGUGUCUGGUCUCUUCCUUCCUUUGUACUUUGUGUCAAGUGGGCUGAAGACCAAUGUUGCUACAAUAAGUGGGGCUCAGUCAUGGGGCCUUCUUCUCUUGGUGAUUCUCACAGCUUGUACUGGAAAAAUUCUUGGCACUGUGGGUGUUUCCGUCCUAUGCAAACUGCCAAUUCAGGAAUCUUUGGCUCUGGGGAUUAUAAUGAAUACUAAAGGUUUAGUGGAGAUCAUUGUUCUUAACAUUGGCAAAGACAGAAAGGUACUUAAUGAUCAAACCUUUGCAAUCAUGGUUCUAAUGGCCAUAUUCACAACCUUCAUCACAACUCCUCUAGUCGUGGCAGUGUACAAGCCAUGUAGAAAGAAUUAUGGUAAUAAAUCUAUUUCCAAGGAUAGAUCUAUUGAGAAGAAAGACACCAAAACCGAACUACGCAUUAUGGCCUGUUUUCACAACAUAAGAAAUGUACCCUCAAUGAUUAAUCUCAUCGAGGCUUCUCGAGGGACUGAGAAGAAGGAAAAACUGUGUGUUUAUGCGUUGCAUCUUAUGGAACUUUCUGAGAGGCCAUCGGCAAUUCUGAUGGUCCACAGGGCCAGGAAAAAUGGGCUACCUUUCUGGAACAAGGGAGGUAAUAAUAAUAAUCAGUCGGAUUCUGAUAAAAUCAUUGUUGCUUUUGAGGCCUUCCAGCAGCUGGGCCAAGUCUCUAUACGGCCAAUGACUGCCAUCUCAGCCUUUACGACAAUGCACGAAGACAUAUGCAGAAGCGCAGAUAGGAAAAACACAGCCAUGAUAAUUCUACCAUUUCACAAGCACCAGAAGUGGGAUGGCACCUUUGAGAUGACUCGUGCUGAGUUUAGAGGAGUCAACAAGAAGGUUCUUGAGCAAGCUCCAUGCUCAGUUGGGAUCUUUGUGGACAGAGGGCUUGGUGGAACAACACACGUAGCAGCAAGCAAUGUUUGCUCAGAAUUAACUGUAGUGUUCUUUGGUGGCAGUGAUGAUUGUGAAGCUCUUGCUUUUGGGUUGAGAAUGGCCGAGCACCCUGGCAACAGUUUAAAGGUGGUUCACUUCUUGCCAAGCUCUAAACUUGUAGCUGACGAGGCCGAAGAUACGGUCAGAGUAGAUAUACAUGAAGAUAACUCCACAUUGAGUCAAAACGACAAGUCGCUUUCUGAGUUGAAGCAAAAGAGUUCAAACGACGAUUCGAUCAAAUACGAACAAAGGAUUGUGGAUAACUGUAGUGACAUAGUGGAGGGUGUUCGAGAUUUCAGCCGGUGCAACCUGUUUUUGGUUGGUAGAACACCCAAAGGUGUGUUGGCUGAGUGUUUGAUGAGUGUGAAGAGUGAAUGCCCUGAACUUGGGCCUUUAGGGAACUUGUUGGUUUCGCCAGAAUUUUCAUCCACAGCAUCAGUUUUGAUUGUGCAACAAUAUCAAACUCAAACAUUUUCUGUCCCUGCAACAGCAAGCUCUUCGACUAAGGUAGAAGAUGUGCCUGAGUAG